AUGGCCAGUGCACAGUCUUUGCCGCUCAAAUCCCUAGGCUCCAGCCCAAACCCAGGCAGCAAUGAAAUGGAGGUGGACUGCUGGUUUAAUGAGGAGUUCAAGUUUAUCCUGCUUCCUGUGAGCUACACAGUUGUCUUUGUACUGGGCCUGAGCCUUAAUGCCCCAACCCUCUGGCUCUUCUUCUUUCGCCUCCGACCCUGGGAUGCAACAGCGACCUACAUGUUCCACUUGGCAUUGUCAGACACUUUGUAUGUGCUGUCACUGCCUACCCUCAUCUAUUAUUAUGCAGCCCGCAACCACUGGCCCUUUGGCACUGGACUCUGCAAGUUUGUCCGUUUUCUCUUCUAUUGGAAUCUCUACUGCAGUGUCAUUUUCCUUACCUGCAUCAGUGUACACCGAUACUUGGGUAUCUGCCACCCAUUAAGGGCACUGCGUUGGGGCCGCCCACGCUUUGCAGGUCUACUCUGCCUGGCAGUUUGGUUGGUUGUAGCUGGCUGUCUUGUACCCAACCUGUUUUUUGUCACAACCAGCACCAAGGGAGCCACCAUCCUGUGCCAUGACACCACUCGGCCUGAAGAGUUUGACCAUUAUGUGCACUUCAGCUCAGCAAUCAUGGGGCUGCUCUUUGGUCUGCCCUGCUUGGUCAUUUUAGUCUGCUACGGUCUUAUGGUUCGGCGCCUGUUUCGGCCCCUACCAGGAGCUUCCCAGUCAUCCUCUCGUCUCCGUUCUCUCCGCACCAUUGCUGUGGUACUGACUGUCUUUGCUGUCUGUUUUGUGCCUUUCCACAUCACCCGCACCAUUUAUUACAUGGCAAGGCUAUUGGAAGCUGACUGCCGGAUGCUGAAUAUUGUCAACGUGGUCUACAAAGUGACUCGACCCUUGGCCAGUGCCAACAGCUGCCUGGAUCCUGUGCUCUACCUGCUUACUGGAGACAAGUAUCGACGUCAGCUCCAGCAGCUCUGCCGUAAAGGGAGACCUCAGCCUCCCUUAGCGGCCUCCUCACUGGCACUUGUAUCUACACCUGAGGAUAGCAGUUACAGGUGGGGAAUAACCCCCCAGGACAGUGUCUGCCCUACUCCUAGGGCAGGUAGGUUGUGA